AUGCCACUUUACAGUAACUCAAUGCAUGAUGACUUUUUCUGGGAAUUUCCCAUCUAUAAAGGCCUGCAACCUCCUGCUGCCUCACCCGUUCUCUCCAUUGAUAAUUCCUCAGCAAACAAUCUCUCAACAGAAAUAGACCCGUUCCGGUUUUACAAUCCCGCGGAGGUCAAGGAGCAGAAGGAGCGGCGCAGACACACAAAGCAUGACACGGCUUCGGCGGAACCUGCAUCACACCAUGAGCGACCACUCAGAAUACACAUUGUCUCCCAAAUCUUGCGAUCAUCAUCCAGGCCGAUUUCACAGGUUGAAGGUCUUCCUUUGAUUAAAGUGGAGUUGGGCCAGGAGAUGGAAGUCAGUGCUAUGAAGCAGGUCCCUUCUUAUCUUGGAUUGGGCGGGAUUGUAAAACCAUACUUGAAGAUGGAGUACAUUAUCUUGCUGGUCUCCCGAGCGAAGAUAGCCAGACUUGUAUCAAGGAGAAACAGAAAGGAGAAGUAUCAAGUAGAAGACAGAAUGGACACCAAGAAUGACAAGUUGGCGCCACCCUAUCGCGGACUGGGAACUUCGGGCAAGUCAUCCAUUCCCGUUCAACCCCAAAGCAAUGCAUUUCUGACAGCUUCUAGAUGGUCUGAUCAGACUGGACAAGGCGGUGAGCCCCGACAGCUUCAUUGGAAUCCUGUCCUCUGGGCGAACAGUGAAAAAGGUAUCCAGCGGAUAUGA